AUGUUACAGUUCAGAGUCGGCCAGAAGAUCGAGACAAACACUCACCGGACGGGUCUUGUCAAAUAUGUUGGCUCCAUUCACGUCGCAGAGGGUGCUUGGCUCGGCAUUGAUCUGCAAGAGCCCACCGGGAAGAACGACGGCUCCGUUCGCGGCGAGCGGUAUUUCGACUGCCCACCUCAACACGGCCUCUUUGUAAAAGAAACGGACAUUCUCCAGAUCCUUUCGCAGCCAGCACCAAAAGCAGUGGCACCAAAGCCCAAGCCCACCGCACCUACCCCACGAUCACGGCCUGCGAGCGUCGUUGCGCCCAGGCCCGCAUCCACUCGACCUGCCAGUGUCACCUCUCCUCCAGCUGUACCUAAGACACCUGGCCACGCAAAGCGCCAAUCCGUCGCGCCUGCUGCUCCACGAACGCCGCUACGAGGUCCCGCGCGCAAGCCCAGUGUUGCCAGUGCUUCCACGGCAGCACCCUCUCCACCUCCCACUCGACCCUCGGUCACCUCGCGACCAAGUACAGCAUCAGUCAACUCGACUUCACAACCCCAACCCCAACCACAAACACAAACACAAAACCCGUUGAGGACCUCUACAAGAGACAGCAAUGUCGAUGCGUUACAGACGAAGAUCAAGCAUCUGGAGAAGCAGCAUUCAGAGGCCCAGGCGCGUCUGAAAGAGCUGUCACAAGCCGAGGUAGAGCGGGAUCGAUUCCACGGGAUCAUACAAAAGCUGCAGGCGAAGUGCCAGACGCUCCACCAAGAGUCUGUGGAUGCCAAGGAACAGCUGAAGACGCUUCAAAGCGACAAUGAGCGUCUUGUCAAAGCAGAACAAGAUCAUGAGUUCGAUCUGGAAGAUGCAUUACUUGAAAAGGAGAUGGCGCAAGAGCGCGCUGAGCAAAACGAAAGUGAACUGGAGGCGCUUCGUGCGAGGGUAGAAGAGCGGGACCUCGAGCUGGAGAUUCUUCGGGAGGAAGCAGAGGCUUUCACCGCGGACAUGUCCGAGGAAGAAAAGGAACAAGCUGGCUACUACCGACUACAGCACGAGAACGAUCGUCUGCGCGAUGCCUUGAUGCUCUUGAAAGAGGUCACCGAAGAAGAAGCGCACAAGAGCAAGGCUCGCAUGGAUGAGCUUGAAGAAGAUGUUUCUCAAAUGGAGACUUUACAACAUGAGAACGAGAAGUUGCAGCAGCAGCUGGCUGAGGCUCAGAGUAUUGCAGAGCACCUAAAAGCCCAGGUCAACGACAGGAAUGAGCUCGAGGAUGUCGUGGAAGAUAUGUCAAGUAAGAUUCAGGAACUCGAGAGCAGAGUUGCUGACCAGGAACUUACGAUAACGGAUCUGGAAAGCCUGAAAGAGCUGAACGAAGAGUUACUAGACCAGCAAGAUGAGGAGACCAAGGACUUACGGGCGGAGUUUGAGGGCAAGGAAAUUGAACUUGAGCAGCUGGGUGAACGUGCUCUCGAGCAAGCUGUGAUCAUUUCGGACCUCGAGGAAACGAACACAAAGUUUCGAGACCUGGUGUCCGAGUUACUCGCGCAGAUCAAAGAGGCCGAAUCCUCGAAAACGAUGACAGAAGCUCAGGUCAGAGAUACAACAGGCCGCAUCAACGAAGUCAUGGACGUCAACAGGCGUCUCCGUGCCGCAGAGGUCAAUGCGACAAGCAAGGAAAUCACCUCGGAGCUCCGUCAACUCAAGGCCGAUCAGACGACUGAGAUGCUGGACAUCUUGAGUGAAACACAGUCUCAAGAGUUUGGCAGGAGUGAGCCAAUGCAGGCUUAUUUCGCGGCGAAACGCAUCACCUUCAAAUCGACGGUGCUGAAGAACCUGUUGUCAAACGCAGAUAAGCACACCAAGCACAAAGAUGGUGUCGAGGAAGCAUCUUCAAAGCUGCUCUGUAUCGAGGCCAACUACUACCUCACAAGCCUCAAGAACGGAAGCGAACGUAUAUCAUCUGCAAUGGCAGUGUCGACACUUCCACAGUUCGCGACGUUUGGUCCCGCGCAUGCUGAGUUGGUUGCUGUCGAAAGGAAUCUGGACCAAGGACUUGAGGCUCUCAAGGCCGAUAGAGUCAACUUCUCCGAGAUGGCAAAGUCUUUUGGUGGCUCGACAGAAGUAUACAAAGCCGUUCUUGUAUCCCACCAGAAAGCCUUGGCAGAACGGCCAGAGGACGAGACGAUGCUGCGAGUUCGCUCUAUCGCCGCAAGCCUGACAUACCUCGAGUCUACCUGCUCAGCCAUGAACACAAUGCUAAGGUCAUUAGCGUCUACCAGCGAGACACUCGCAGACGAAGCACAUCACGUUCUGGAGCGCUUCGCCGCGCCAUCUGCAAUCUGCAGCAAGGGCAUGCUGGCUGCUGCCAAAUUGCUAAAGACAUGCAGCGACCGAAGAGGGGAUGCGCUAUAUCCUCAGUUCAAUGGCGAUCUUGGUUCAGUCGUUGAGACUGAGGAGUACCUGAGUAGGGCUACUCGCGAUGCAGCCAAGUGGACGCACAACGUUGUGGAGGUGCUGAGUCGGUCAAUCGACACUGACGGAACCGUCAUGGAACCUGUGGACCUCAAGCACCUCUUGAUUUCAUACUGGGAGGAUCAUAUGAAUAGGCUUGACAGCGUAUUCCCAUCACUUAGCAGCUGGAACGAGUACGCUUUGCUGCUCAAGGACAAUCUCGAGUUCCAACACGGCCCUGCGCCUUGGAGCGAGAAGGCGAAGGAGGUCGAGGCAACCAGAAGACAGGUGGAUGAAGCAGCUACCAAACUCCAGUCGAUCACAGCCGAGCACCAGGCAACGCUUCUGAAACUGCACGAGCGCGAACAGGUCAUCGAAACCAAAGAACUAGAGAUCGAACAUCUCGCAGCUAAGAACCGCGACGCGACAACGAAGGGUGAAGACGUACAGCGCCUACAAGAAGAGAUCGAAAAAGCCCAGACAGACAUCAAACAGCUGCAGAAGCAAGACAAGGUCCAAAAACAGGAGAUCGACGAUCUGAAUUACAGGCUUGCGCAUGCCGCGCAAAAUGAACCUGCGGAGUCAGAGAAGGGCCCUGCUGUUGCAACGCCAGGACCUGAACCCGCAGACCCCACUUCGCGCAGUGCACCAGCAAGCCUGAUGUCCCUUCUCGACGCCUUGCAAAUCGAAAACCGCUGGUUGCGCCAGAGGAACCAGAGCGACGCUUUCGGUGCAAAGCAGAUGGAUCUCUUUACGUCAAUGCGGCCAAUGGAGAGACGUGAAGUGAGCAAACUGUCUGCUGCUACCGACAGUCUGCUCAGCUUGGCGUGGCUGACAGAUGACUUCGAACAACCUGAAAUUCUUACCAGCAUCUCCCAGCACAGCGACGCAAACACCAAUGCUAAGCUAAGCUAUGGGGGUAACCCUCAGAUGCGAGCCCAUCGACCUAAGAGAGCACCCUUGUCGCUAGCACCACUGCAGACGCAACUCGAUUUGAUCAAGAGCAACGGGCGCUUUGACUGGUCAGAGAUAGAGGAUCUGAGUUUCGCAGAUCUAUCGCCAGCAGUGGAGCACUUUGACAGUGAACUCAUGGGACUGCGGCCACUCAAGAACAUCAUGGCUCUCUGA